AUGAAGGUCGCGGAGGUCGACGACGCGGAUUUGGACGAGAAGCUGUAUUUUAUCGACGUGGAGACGGAGACGGGCGGCACGGCGCUUCUGGUGGCCUGCGCCGCGGGCAACGUGCUCCUCGCCGACGAGCUGCUCCAGCGCGGCGCGGAGGCGAACCACGAGAACCUCCGGGGGCACACGGCGCUGUCCUGGGCCUGCGUCUGCGGCGCCGACGGCGUCGUCGAUUUGCUGCUGCGCAACGGCGCGGACCCGCGGCGGCCGACGAAGCUCGAGCAGCGCACGCCCCUCGUCCACGCGGCGCAGCACGGCCACGCGAAGGUGCUGCAGAUCCUGUGGCGCGCGGGCGCGAUGAUCAACGCGGAGACGAAGCGGGGCCGGACGCCGCUCAUCGAGGCGGCCAAGGAGGGCCACCUCGCCACGUGCCGCUACCUCGUGGACCGCGGCGCCCGGCGGCCGCGCGUCGACGGCGAGAAUAGGUACGGCCACACGGCGCUGACCAUGGCCGUCGUCAAGGGCCGCUUCGACGUCGUCCAGGCGCUCCUGGACCGCGGCGCGAAGGCGGACCGGCGGUCGCUGAACAAGCGGGGCUGGACGCCGCUGCGCUUCGCGGCGGAGCGCGACAAGGCCAAGGCCGUCGAGUUAUUGAUGCUGCGGGGCGGCGACCCCUACGCCGUCGCCGACGACGGUCUGACGCCCAUGGACGUCGCGCGGAAGAAGGGCUUC